CAAGGAUUGUCCAUGUUUUCGAAGUUUGGCCUUGAGGUCAAAUGCAAAAUAUUUUCCAGCCUCACCCUUUUUCCACGGCUGUUGGUACACUUACAGAGCGGGCAACUGAUAGUGGCCGACCGGCUGAAGAUUGGGCACUUAUAUUAGAAAUUUGUGACUUAGUUAAUGAGACAGACGAUGGGUGAUUUCAUUUUGAGCUAUUAUUGAAACUUUUAGGCCUAAGGAAGCUAUUAGAGCCAUAAAGAAACGUUUGGUUAUGUCUGCCGGGAGGGAUAACAUAUCCAUUUGGUACACUUUGACACUUCUCGAAACUCUUGUAAGAAAUUGCGGGAGGAGGUUUCACAGUCAAGUGGCGAACAAGGAAUUUCUACACGCAUUUUUGAAACUUCUUUCACCGAAAAAUGACCCCCCUCAACAACUACAAACGAAGGUGUUAUACAUGCUGAAGUGUUGGAUAUCGAGUAACUGGGAUGUUCCAGGAAAACGUGAUCUCGACAAGGUUUAUGCAUCGCUUUUGCAGAGAGGAGUACAAUUCCCUACAGUUCUGCCAUCUGAAUGCUGUCUUCCAAAGCCUUUACGAAUGAGUGCACGCGAAAACUUAAUUAUAUCAAAAAGUGGUCCAAGUAUUCCACAAGCUACUGGAUUACAAGAAAAGAAAAAAUCGAUUCCUAGGACUAUGUCAGUUGGAAGUUCCGGUAUAGAGUCGGAUUUUCAUCAACGUAGUCGUCUGGCUGUAAAUCCAUCCCAUACAAGCACGUUACAUCCAUGUUCAUCUUGUCAUUGUGUACACGAUUCAAGUGGUCAACCAACUGCUUGUCGUUAUCUGCAUACUCGUUCCAAUAUGAAUUCAUCAAAUGAUUCUUCCCUUGUCUCCUCUGGUCGUUAUUCACGCAGUGUACAUUUUAAUCCUAGAAGUCAGACGAGAAUACAUGGUGUACCGGCAAAUGAUGGCACAGUAAUGGUUAUCAAUUCUGGUCGACAAGAUUCCUCAUCAAUAAUUCAUCAACAGUCACAAGCACGUUGUUUACCAACAUCUAAUACUGCUGGCCGAAUAAAUAAUUCAUCAAGCGUAAUUAACCAUGAUGAAAUGGAACUUGAUGAAGAAGGAACUGUACGUCAUUUGAAUGCUUCACAACGCAUAAAAUUAACUGAAGAUUUAGCUGUUGUUGAAACAAAUAUCAAUGUUUUGAAUGAUUUGUUAGCUGAACUAAGACCUGAUACUGUGACAACUGAUGAUUUAAAUUUGCUAAAAGAAUUGAAUUGUACUUGUCGUGCUAUGCAUCAACGUGUUAUGGAGUUUUUAAGUCAAGUAUCGGAUGAAGAAGUGACGCCGAGUUUAAUUCAAGUUAAUGAUAAUUUGACACAUGCACUUUCACGAUAUGACCGGUUCGAACGUUAUUAUCAAUUGUCUUUACAACAUUCUGAUGGCAAUUCAAAUAGUAACAGUCAACAGUCAAAUCGUCAACUUUGUCUAGACAGCUCUAGACCACAGCUUUGUUUAACUGGUCCAUCGGGAGAUAACACUGAUUCAAGACGGAAUCGAUCAAACCAACAGCAGCAGCAACAACAAUUAGCAAUUACAGCUGGCCCAUCACGUCGAUCAACCAAAACUUCAUGUAUUCCUAACGGUAGUACUGUUGGCUAUCGUGUUAAUGGUGUACAAAAUCAUCAAAGAGAAGUUAGUGAUAAUAACCUUGGUGUUGAUGAUGGUGACGACGAUGAUGAUGAUGAAAGUCUUUUGGACAUAAGCGAAGGACCUAGUGGUAUUACCUCAAGAUCUCAUGAUUCAGAUGAAACUGAUGAAAUCGCUCAAUGGUUAUCUAGUCGUCAACUUAUACCUGUAGAUGCACAACAUCAGGAGCCUAAUCGUCAACUUUAUGAUCGUCAGCAGGCAAAUGCAUUGAGUUCAAACAGUCGAUCUCAUCAUCGCCCAAUGUUGAAUCAUUCAACCUCUGCUUCUUCACGACUCACUACUUCUGUCGUUACGGCUGCUACUCCUAUUAAUCCGACUAUUGGUGGUGCUUUAUGUUUACCAUUAUCCACAACACAUUCACAAAGCACAUCAAGUAAACCAACUCAAUCUCAUCAAUCCUCUCGUGCAUUAUUGUGAUAUUUCCUUUACAAUAAACAUUACUUGUGCAGUUUCCUUGCUUAGAUUUCAUAAGACGGUACAACUAUUAUUUGCUACUUUCAACGUAUUACACGUACAUACACGAUGUGCGUAGUGUGUGUGUGUGUGUUGGCAUCAUUUUAACCAAUCAGAAUUCAUUGUUUACUUAAAACCAUGGUGUCGUAGAGCUGAACCUAAACACUAAGCACUAAACCAUAUACCAAUGUAAGGCAUCAUAGCACAAUAUUGGUCAAUUUAUUCCUUUCAUAAUCACUGUUACUAUUAAUGUUAUCAUUAUUAUUAUUACUAUCAUUAACAUUAAAGUUAUUCACAGUUUUGUUCAUAUUACCGCUUACAUAAACAUUGAAUAAUUAAUUCUCUUUUUUUCCUCAUUAUUUUAUCAUUACGUAUGUAUGAUUACUUGAAAUUGAAAAAACCGUCAACUGUUUUUUCUCACUUGAUAUUUAAUGCCUUUUGUGAUUUUAUGUUUUUCUGGAUUUCUCUUUUUUUUCGUUUCUGUUUGCAUUUAUUUAUAAGUUGUAUUAUUGACUAAGACAUCUAGGAUGAUAGUUGAUCGUUAACUGUCAAAUAUAUCAAACACAUCAACAUAAUAUAUAGAACGAUAUCUCUUAAAUGUGAUAUGAUGAGCAUUCUAUAAUAUGCUAUUAUUAUUAUUAUUAUUAUUAUUAUCGAACAUGUAUAAGAUUUAGAUUAUAUUUUGACAUUUAGAUCUCUUUUCUUCUGAAUGCUUUCAUAUAUAUAUAUAUAUAUAUAUA